UUUUUUUUUUCACUGGAGAGGAAAUCCGAAAUGUGUGGGAUCACACUCGGUGUUUCCAAGUAUCCUGAGCUUUAUUGACAAACUAUAUUCAUUGUGUGGCGACCGUUUGUGGCGCUUACCGACCGUCCUGAAACAAACACGGGCGUUGGCGACCGACAAGUAAAACGGGGUGGGGGGGGGGGUGGGGGAGUGAGAGGAAAAGAGGGGGGGACGAGACCGUCGUUAGGUCAAAAUGUCGAUUCAGUACGAGGUGGAACAGCUGGCAGACAGCUACGGGGUGGCGGACUCCUUCCCCAAAGAUUUUGGUUACGGCGAAGAGGAGGCCGACAUCGAGGACAGCCCGGCGCCGUCCGACAGCAAACCCAGAAUCCUGCUCAUGGGUUUGAGGAGAAGUGGAAAAUCGUCCAUCCAGAAGGUUGUGUUCCACAAAAUGUCUCCCAAUGAGACUUUGUUCCUGGAGAGCACCAACAAGAUCUACAAGGACGACAUCUCCAGCAGCUCCUUUGUCAAUUUCCAGAUUUGGGACUUCCCGGGUCAGGUUGACUUCUUCGACCCCACCUUCGACUACGAGAUGAUCUUCAGAGGAACCGGCGCUUUGAUAUUUGUCAUCGAUGCUCAGGAUGAUUAUGUGGAGGCCUUGGGCAGGCUUCACCUCACUGUGUCUCGGGCCUACCGAGUCAAUCCAGAGAUCAACUUUGAGGUGUUUAUCCACAAAGUGGACGGCCUCUCCGACGAUCACAAGAUCGAAACCCAGAGAGACAUCCAUCAGAGAGCCAACGAUGAUCUGGCAGACGCCAGCUUAGAAAAGCUGCAUCUCAGCUUUUACUUGACGAGUAUUUAUGACCACUCCAUCUUUGAGGCCUUCAGCAAAGUGGUGCAGAAGCUCAUCCCGCAGCUCCCCACUCUGGAGAACCUCCUCAACAUCUUCAUUUCGAAUUCUGGGAUAGAGAAGGCCUUUCUGUUUGAUGUGGUCAGUAAGAUCUACAUCGCCACAGACAGCUCUCCUGUCGACAUGCAGUCCUAUGAACUGUGCUGUGAUAUGAUUGACGUGGUCAUCGACGUCUCCUGCAUCUACGGUCUGAGGGAGGACGGCAGCGGCAGUGCCUACGACAAGGAGUCCAUGGCCAUCAUUAAGCUCAACAACACAACUGUGCUGUACCUGAAAGAGGUCACCAAGUUCCUGGCGCUUGUCUGCAUCUUGCGGGAGGAAAGCUUUGAGCGCAAAGGAUUAAUAGACUACAAUUUCCACUGUUUCCGGAAGGCCAUUCAUGAAGUAUUUGAGGUGGGCGUUUCCACCCAGCGUCCAUCUGGCUCCCAGGUGGUGGGCUCACCCUGCACUAAGGCCGUCGCCCUGAACGGCACGCCGCGCAACACUGUCUAAACACUGAUGCUACAUUAAAAAAGAAAAAAAAAAGAAAAAAAAGACUGGAAGGAAAGAUGGAGACUGGCCAGAGAGCCUGUAGAGGAGAGACUACUAAACUGGGGCUCACGCCAAUCUCAAUCCCUUUGCCCCCCCAGCACCCAAAGUACUGUGAGACGGCACUGGAGCGCAGUGGGAUCCGGCUAAGAUGGAAAGGGAAAUUCAAGCAUUCGUUUUUAGGUGAAUACACGGCACCAUGUUGGCGGUAAGGAAGUCAAAGAGCGCAAAACUGCACCUGGACAGGAAAAGGUUCAGUAUCUCUCUUUCCUAACGCGGUCAAAGGCCGUGAUAAUAAGCUGCUCCUCCCUCUCCACGAACAAUGUGAGGAGGGAAAACAAACCCGUGUUGUCGCCUCUUGCUCACGGACAAACGGUGAUGUCAGUUUGCAGGAAUCUGUCUCAUGAUGAACCCAACCCGACCACUUCUGUGCUGACUGUAAAAAACAAAUGAUGGUGGAUGUGAACUGCUCGUCCCCAACAUGUUCAGAAAUGGCCUUAUGUAGAUGAAGCUUGUCUGCAGUGCAAGUGUUCUCUCAGCACCACUCACACACCAUUCAGUUUGGCGCUGUUCAGCCGGAUCCUCAAGAACAAAAUGUACCCAUUCCAAGCAUGCAUCCGUGGACGUGUUGUCAACCUUUACACUGCUCAUUGCAUUCAAAGGUGAGAAAGUGAAGCUAACCAAGACAAUUAAAUGCAUAUUUACAAGGAGGGAAGAAGACCAAAUUUCUUUUACUUUUGCCAUUACAAUGAGAUGCAAUAUGUUCAUGCCUGUGUUUUAUUUCAGUGGUGAGAUGUGGGAACUCUGGCUGCUUCUAAAGAACAGGAACCCGACUCGCCAAGCCGCAAUGACGAGUUUUCUUUAUAAGUUUGCUGAGUAAAACGCUAAACGUUGGCGUUCCAGAUUUGAAGGCGUUUUGGGAUUUUACUCAGCAAAGAUAUUUUUGUAACUCUGUGACUUUGCUCCUUGAAACCGACUCGAUGUUCUCAACACGGUCAUUAUCAUUGAGCAGAAAAUAAACACUUGCACAUCAGAACUGUGAUGGAUGAUUGAUUUUCAUGUAUUGUGAUGCUAUACUAUGUUAAAUAAAUGAAAAUUUAAAUUUUG